AUGCCUCGCAAGAAGGACAAAGGAAAACAGAGGGAGGAGUUUGCGGAGACAUCGCGCUUUUGCUUGGAAUGCGAAAAGGAGAUCAAGUUGGGCAAUGGAGGUUCCACAAAUUGGUACCAGCACAUUGCAGGUGUUGCUCACCAACAAAAUGCAAUAUAUUGGAAGACUGCGGGAGGUAAAGACCAAAAGCUGACAGCGUUCUUCAGCCGACAGCUUUCUGCCAGUACUACACUGUCUGUCCCAAAACCUACCAAGAUUCGAGUGCAAGGCCUUGCCCGAGAUGAUUCUCUGUUGCUGUCAUCCACCGAUGUUUUACAGCCCGCUGACGGGUCAUCUGUGCACCUGAUAUAUGUCGACGAUACACCUGUCGACAGCUAG